GUGUUAAUUUAAAUCGGAGGCAUAAUUAUGAUAGAAGUAAAAAAUAAAUAGAUGGUAAAAUCCAAGCUGUAUACCUGGCCAAUUACAGACAAAUAUACAUGUCGAAUACUAGUCUGAUGACAAGUUUGAAUGCUUUCUUAAUAAAGUGGUUACAUUAAAAGAAUUGUACAUCCACAAUGCCUCCAAAGAAGAAAGAUGGAGAGGUAGAACGUCCACCUUUAUUAGGACGUAUAGGCACAAAUCUGAAAGUUGGUUUAGUUGGUCUGCCUAAUGUUGGGAAAUCUACUCUGUUCAAUAUUUUAACAGCCAGUCAAGUACCAGCAGAAAACUUUCCUUUUUGUACCAUUGAUCCCAAUGAAAGUCGUGUUCCAGUACCAGAUAAGAGGUUUGAUUACCUGUGCGAAUAUUUUCAACCUCUGAGCAAAGUUCCAGCCUUUUUAAACGUAGUUGACAUCGCAGGUCUUGUGAAAGGAGCAAAUGAAGGACAAGGCUUAGGAAAUGCUUUCUUGUCUCAUAUUCGAGCAUGUGAUGCCAUUUUUCACUUAUGUCGUAAGUUCUAAUAUGUGCUUCUAUAAAU